AUGCUAACUUGGGGAGUCCACGACUAUCAUAGCUGGACCUUCAUCAAUAAAUGGAUACCCGAGGAGACUCGAGCUCUGCUCUUUUGCGAAAAACUACAGAGGCGGUUCCAACAAGAAUUCGACGGGUAUGAUAAGAUGGCCAAUUCUAUAAACGAACCAGAAGCGCGGUCCCAGUCUCCGGCACACGUUUCGUCCAGGAUCGCCCAGGCCGCCGGGAAAAUUAACUCCCUUGUGGCCGAGGCUCUGCUUGAUCUCGACUUCCGCUCUGUUGGACAGAAACACACUGCGAGAGUCCUACUGAAGGCGAUCGAGGAGAUCUGCAUACGAUCUAGGAAAGUCUCCCCUGCGCUCCUGGAAGGAGACCCAUUGAUCUCAGGAAUGGAACUUGAAAUCAGCCUCUACGACGCCUUAAUUCGUCGACCGCCUGCAACAACGCCAACGGUGAUAUUGGAAGCACUGACAAGAGCGUUUGACAUUUCACCAGGGCUCUUGCAGGCUUUAAAAAUCCGAUUCGAAGCCCCCGAUAUCCCUUCUACGUAUGGGCAGCGAUUUCAGGAACUAUGCACCCAAGCUGGAGUAAUCUUGUGA